GGGAUUACGAGACAAUUACAAUAAAAAUGGGAUUAAAGUGUUUUAAAAAAGAUUAAGUUUGGAAUUGGAAACGAGUUGAAUCACUUUCUGUUUAGCUUCGCUGCAGUAAAAAUGCUGUCAAAUUCAGCCUUAUAUUUGGGAUUGCUCACUUUAUUUCAAUAUUUGGGCCACCACGUGACAGAAGCGGCUUACUGCUUCUACUCCUACUACUAUGCCUACUAUUACUGCUACUACUACUCUUACUACACCAGCGAGGGGUCGAUUGCCGGGUUUGUCAUUGGGGCCAUCAUUGUGGUAGUAAUUAUCGUAGUGGUCAUAGUCAUCAUCAAGAAGAAGCAGAUGGGUAGGACUGGCCGAAUCCACAACGUACAGACCGCCACCACUGUCACCACCGUCCACGCACCACAGCCGCAGCCAGGAUAUGGUGGCCCCGGAAUGGCCCCACAGUACAACCAGAACCCCGCCUACCCUCCACCGGGCGGCAGUUACCCACCCCCACCACCCCCGGGAGGCAGCUACCCACCCCCGGGAGGAAGCUAUCCACCCCCAGGAGGAAGCUACCCGCCACCCAAAUAUUAGAGGUUGUCCGAAAAUUGGUUGUUACUGGUGUUGGGUGUACGUGAAAUUCUUGCUUUGAACAAGCUAAAACGCUGUGAUAUCAAACUUUUAAAGUCACCACGAUAUAAAACAGUUAAUAUGACUAUUAAUGAAAAAUAACGGACGGCUCUGUUUGUCGUUAUAACAUACAUGUAUGUUGUUGAAAUAAA